CUCUCUCUUUCAGAACGUGUGACGUGAAGUCAUUUACCGCUCAGAUUCUCACAGAGGUCUGAGGAACAAGCAGCGCCCGCUUAUCACGCACACUCCUGCAAAAAAAACACCAGUCCUUAUCUGAGACCAGACUUAUAUUAGCGGGUCUUCACUCUAAUUAACGCAUCACUGAGCAACAUGAAUUUACUCAUACUGGCGACUCUGUUCUCUGUGGUUUUGGCCGAAAAAUCACCUCGGCUGAAAUUUAACGUGAUGGAAUCACCUCGGUUUCGCUUCAUGAAACCGGAGAACUACACGGCGGUUUACCACCAACAGGAAACUGAUGUCCUGUAUGUGGGGGGCCAAGGGGUCAUCUAUAAGCUCAGCUUCAGUGAUAAAGGAGUGCAUGACACACAGAUCCCUGUGGUAAUGGAUAAGAAUGCAAAGGAGAUGUGUGUCUCUAAAUCACCAGCAUGGAAGCAAGAGUGUGAUAAUUUCAUCACAGUAAUUGAGAAAGUCGGUGAUUCGAUCGUGGUGUGUGGGACAAGAGCGGGUUCUCCUAAAUGUUGGCUCCUGGUAAAUGACAGUGUACUGACGGACAUGCCGGCGGAAACAGUCGCAUCUAACAUCUUGGCACCUUUCCCUUCUCAGCGCUCCAUCAGUCUGUCAGCAGAUGGGAAUCUGUACUCUGCUCUGUCAGCGGUUGCAGGACAGACCGGCUCUAUCCGUCGCACAUACGGCUCCAAAAAGCAGCUGAAGACAGAGAAUAAAUGGUUACAGAAUCCCCAGUUUGCAGGAGCCGCUGUGAUACCACACCAAGAGAAACUCAAAGAUGAGAUCUAUUUCUUCUUCAGUGAGGUCAACAGUACAGCCAAUCUAGAUGAAGAGCCAUACAGGGCUCGGAUAGGACGAGUCUGCAUGGUUGACGAGGGAGGGCUUCAGAAUGUGCUGCCCAACUCCUGGACUACAUUCCUGAAGGCACGUGUGAUGUGUGGGAAAGCGGGAACUCCGGUACAGUACAACAACUUCAAACAGGCCUUCGUUCUGACCUCUCAUCUCCGCACUGGGUUGUUAUACGGCCUCUUCUCCAAUGCCUGGAACACCACUGUAGUGUGUGCGUACUCUAUUGAAGACAUUGACAAGGCCUUUUCUACAUCCAAACUGAAAGGCUACAACUUACCUUUGACAAGCCCACGUCCUGGAACGUGUGCUUUCAGGAACAACACUCAGGCUCAUAACCAGAAGAUCCUGAAUGUAAUCAAGGAUCACCCCGAGAUUGAGGACAUGAUCACCACGGUUGACGAAACUCCUCUGGAACUGCCAGUUCAUGACCACUUCACACAUAUUGUGGCAGACACAGUCUUGGCUGUCAAUGAUGAACACUACAGCAUCAUUUAUCUGGGCACAGAAAAGGGUAAAGUCCUGAAGGUGCUCCAUGCCAUAGAAGGAGCCUUUAUCAUAGCACAGUACUCUUUAUUCCAGGAUGAUAGUCCCAUCAUUAACAUGGCAAUUGACUCUAAAAAGGGUCAUCUCUAUAUUGGCACAGAGCUUGAAGUGCAGCGCCUCCCCCUGGCUGACUGUAGUCGCUACGGAGUCAGCUGCCGGGAAUGCAUCCUUUCACGAGAUCCAUAUUGUGCGUGGGACAUGUCCAAGAGGAAGUGUACUGCAAUCCCAGCAGACUACAACAUUAGCGCUGGGACCCUUUUUCAGACCCUUGACCACUCCAGUGCCUCGGUCUGUGGCGAUGUAACAGCUCAUAAGGCACGUAGCACCAUCCCCAAACAAGUUUUAGUGGACAAAGAUGGACCGGUCCUGCUACCAUGCCCCGUGCGAUCCUAUCAUGCCACUUACCGCUGGGAGAAAGACAACUGCAUCAAGCAAUAUCCUUGCACCAUCUCUGGCUCCUCCUGUGUUCUGGCACCCACCCCUGACCUGCCUCUGAAGGAGGGCGUGUUCCGCUGCCUGGCGGAGGAGAACGGUCUGCAACAGGAGGUGGUCUCCUACAAGCUGGUGUUCAACGGUGGGCCCCUCUCCACCUCGUUAGCCUCCACCCUGGGGUCGGCUCUGCUGCUGGCUGCUGCGGCACACUGGCUCCUGUAGAUCCAAUGAAUCCUGAGGGAUCAGAAGGAAACGAGUUUUUAUGCUAAGGUCAGCAGAGCAUGAGUACCUAGACCGGUCCAACUAAACUGCAGGGGAGCAGCUGGUCUCUGUAUUAACUGUGUUUCUUGUUUCUUAUUCGGAGCAAUUCUUUUCUUUGAAGGGCCGAGAAAAUGCCUGAAAUUGUCUCAUUUUGCAAAACGCUUUAUCAUACCAAACACCAGUGUUAUGUAUUACAUGAACUUAUGUAAGUGAACUGUUUCAUGCCAUCAGCCUGAAAGCAAACAUUUAGACUUAUAUACUGUAUAUUCAAAUAUCUAAUACAUGAAAUUUUUGUACAUUGCUUGCAAAAUGUUAGUGCCAUCAUUCAGAUGUUUCAGAAGACUGCUUUGCUAACUACACUUAGACAUGGAAUCCAGAUCGCUUCUUUAACUUGGUUAGUUUUCUCGUUAACACUUAAGGUAAGGUUCAGUUACAUUAGUUAAUGCAUUGGGUAUCAUGAACUAACAUAAUUUGCAGUAUUUAGUAAAUGUUAUUUUACUGUUGUUUAACAUUUAAUAUACUAUUGUUCAUUGUAAAUUCAUGUUUGUUCAUAAUACAUGAACUAAUAUUCAUUUAUAUAGCCAGCUAAUGCUAAAAAUAUAUUAGUGUAUGCAGAAAUGAACAUUUAAUUUAAUGUGCUGAUCAUUGUUAAUUCAUGUUACCUAAUGAUUUAACCAAAUUGAACCUUAUUUUAAAGUGUAACAUUUUCAUUUUUUGUAUGUAUUAUUUACUGAGUUUCAAAAGCGAGUACAUGCUAAAACAAGACUAUACUGUUAUAAAUUCUUUGAUUUUUCCAUUGUGUGCCAUUAGGACAGUUCUGAAGCCUUAAAACAAGGAUGAGUCCCUUUAAGCUGUAAGGGUCACAUCCUAAGCACAACCUGCAAACUGAGCAGAACCUGCAGAAUCUGCUGGCUUUGUCUUUCCCAUUGAGUUAUUCCGACCUGACGCAGAAUGUUAUUUCAGCAUGAUUUCGGGAGUACAUACAGCUGAUUUGUGUGUACCUGUUUAAGAAGUCUGAAAUCACUUAUCAGUCACUAUUAGAAAUGUGAACUGCAAUAUGAUACAAAACCAAUACAGAUUCAACUGAUUUUGCUCAGUGGAUGGACAGGAAGAAUAACCAGAAUCCAUAUCAACCAGAUAGUUUUAUCUCGGCUACGUCACUGUGUUUAACAGACAGACAUGAACAACACUCUUGCAUCCUUGAUGCCUGUACUUUUCAUGCUCAUAAUUUUAUAUUUUGCGGACAUACGAAAUAAGCUUCGGUAAAUGUAAUAUGGAGUUGCAUUUUGUAGUUGCAGUGUAAAGAGGCUUAAUUAUAAUGUUGUUUUAAUUGUAUUGCUCUGCAUAUGCUGUUUCUCACCAUUGCUGCCUAUGGGAAUAGAAAGUAUUCCUGAUGGAUCUAAACAGUCAUUCUGCACUAAGGUGUUCUGAGUGUCACCAUUUUACUUUAUUUGAUCAUCACUUCAGCGAUAAAACUUUAUGAUAGUUAUCUUAUACACAUUACAGAAAGGAAGAGCUCAGAUGCUCAUACAAGAACUUUCUAACUAGCACAUAAUUGUCUCUAAUCGUCAUCUGCACCCCUAACACACACACACACACAUCUAUUUCUGUUUCUCUCUCUCUCUCUCUCUCUCUCUCUCUCUCUCUCUCUCAGAGCAACUGACCCAAAAUGCCAAAUUUGUCUUUAACCUCGUUCUUUACUUUGGGAGCAGGAGUGAAACAAUAAUGUUAUGAACGAAAUGAUUACUAAUUAACCAGAAGUGCAUUGUAUGUCUAGUGUCAUUCUGUUUCUUGCUCUACUGGAGACAUAAUCUGCCAAACCUAAGCAGGAAUGCUAAAAAUGUGUUUUGUAUGCACAUGUGGAUCUCUUGGUUGAUGUUUGGGAAUCAUGAGAUAUUUAAAGUGUCAUAUAAGCCAUGUAAAUAGUCCAAGGACUGACUGCAGUGUUGCUUUUCACAUUAGUGCAUUAGCUACUUAUUGCUAGCGUGUGCUAACCUUCUGUUUGCAUGCUGAAUGCCACAGUACUGUUGCCCUCCCUGUGUACUCGUACCUCUCUGUCUCGUGGCCUAAUGUGCUACACUGCACUAAAUGCAGGAACAUUGUAGUGCCAAACCAAUAUUGUGUCAUUUUCACCAGAGAGCUUUUCUAACUUUUCCACUGUGCGUCAAAGCCAAACGUUUACCUUUCUGACAAACAGCAGAACCUAGAUACACACCGACACGCGCGCGCACACACUCUAAAUCACUUUAGGCAGUGCAAAUGACACAGGGUCCUUCAAUGUAUAUCACACAAAGUCAAAACUGUAAACAGUUGUUACAUGUUUAAUUUUUUAUUAGUUUUUUACUCUGUAACUGGUGUUGCGAGGCCACUGUGUUUUUAUCGUCUUGUCAUUUGCUAUGCAUCGUGUUUUUUUCUUUGUUUUUUUGCCCGAGACUUGUGGCAGGGAGUGUUUUCUCGUGUAGGGACGCUCAGCACGGUUUACUGCUCAAAGCAUCUUGCAGUUGUGUAUAAGCUUGCACUUAAUAAUUCAUAUUUAUAACUGGUUACCAGAGUCAUAGCAAUUUUUUUCUAAAGGGGGUUGAAGACAUUGUAAAGUACAGAAACAUAAAAUUAUACAUUAAAUGUUUCCCUGAAAAUGUGCAUUAAAAUAAUUAACAAAA